AUGAGUUCUAUUGUCGACUCCAGCGAAGUUCCAUUAUUUGGAGAACAACAUAUUCCGGUAUAUUUGAACGUAUAUGAUAUGUUACCGAGGGGAAAAAUCACAGAUAUCGGUUAUAGAAUUGGAGUUGGAGUAUUUCAUUCCGGUGUAGAAAUUCUAGGAAGGGAAUACAAUUUUGGAGGUCAUGAUUAUGAUUUUACUGGAGUUUUUGUAAUGAGGCCAAAAAUUGGUCCACCGAAUGUAACAUUUAAAGAAUCCAUUGCAAUGGGAUAUACAACAUUGGACAAGGAAGAGAUAAAAAAUGUCAUUGAUGAGCUAUCAAUCGAAUGGAGCGGAAAUAGUGUUGUACCAAAUGGAUGGAUCGAACCGCCGGAGCUUGACGCUGGAACAAAUACAACUACGCAAACCUCAACCAUAACAUCUACGAUUACAACAAGUACAAUUAAUGGUCGGAGUUAUGAACCACGUGUUAUCUCCGAUACUCAAGCAUUGAAAGGCUAG